AUGAAAUUCCUGACAACAUCAAUUAACCAUACGGAAAAGGAAAACCUGAAAUGUUUGACCCGAAAGCACAUCGCCGAGAGACAGAGACGUGCACGGAUCAAUCUAUUCCUUGAGCAGUUAGAAACACUUAUCCUGCCGGAGGAUUCAGAACCAUCUCCUGUGAAAUUAGAGAAAGCGGAAGUACUAGAGAAAACUGUAGAGUACAUAAAGAGACGUAGAACAAGCGAAAGACAAGGUUCAAGGUCAGACUAUGAGAAAGGCUACAAGGAAUGUCUUCGAAAUGUUUUCAACUUUGUCGACGGAUCAAAUCUGUCUCCUUAUCAAAAAAACAACAUACGGGCAUGUUUGUUGAGCCAGCAGGCCACCAACGAUCAACCAGUAGAAACUCCACUGUCUGAGUCCAGCUCUCAGCAGCGUCAACAUCGACUUCCGCAGCAGUAUCUCAUUGGUAGUCAAUGCGCACCUGCGCAAUAUAUCAAACAGGAAGUUGAUGUUAUGCAUUGCAAUACCAAUAAUUUGGACAUCAUUCCCCAAUAUCAAAUACAAGUGUCUCCGAAACAUAUUUCGACGUCUCCUGUGCAACUUCAAGUGUCUCCUGUCUCUUAUCAAGUGCCUAACAUUCAAUCAUCCGUGUCGCAUUUUCAACUUCCGAUGACGCAAACAUUUGAUUUACCUUCUACUACAAGCGGUAGACAUAUGCAGAUCAUGAACAGCGGUACUACACCGUUUUGUGAUCAAAGUAGUCAAGGGAUCGCAGACUCUAAUGUAUGGAGACCGUGGUAG